AGCAACCGGAACUCCUUGUCUGUGUGACCAUGUCCUGUGGCAGCCUGUGUGUCCCCUCCUGUGGGGUGGCCACCCCGGCCCCUCUGGCUGACACGUGCAACGAGCCCUGCGUGCGGCAGUGCCCCGACUCCACGGUGGUGAUCCAGCCCCCGGCCUCAGUGGUCACCUUCCCCGGGCCCAUCCUCAGCUCCUUCCCCCAGCAGAGCGUGGUUGGCUCAGCAGGAGCCCCCGGCGUUGGAGGGGGCUACGGGGGCACUUUUGGAGGCCGUGGGGGCUACGGAGGCUACGGGGGCUAUGGGGGUUAUGGGGGUUAUGGCUAUGGGGGUUAUGGAGGUUAUGGGGGCUAUGGGGGCUAUGGCUAUGGGGGCUAUGGGGGCUGUGGGGGCUCCAGAGGUGUCGGCACCUGCGAUUUCGGGGGCUGGCGCAGUGGCCACAGGUACCUCAGUGGCAACUGCGGGCCCUGCUAAGCCCCAGCCCGAGCCCAGCCACAGACCCAGAGGAGCUCCAGCAAACCCCCCGGCACAUCCCGACACGGCGCCUGGAGGAAGGACACCCCUCUGGCAUCACUGGGCUCCAGAGCUCGGGCACCUCGUGCCUGCCCGGGGCCCAGCUCUGCCCCUUUGCUGCUGUGCUUGAGCCUCCCCUCAGGACCCGCUGCCUCCUCCCGGCACAGCCCCGGGCUGGGCUCCUGAUCCCGCUCCUGCCGGGGGCUCGGCACAGCUCUGCCCACUGCCAGGAGCCAGGGGAGCCCUUGGCCAGGGCCCUGCUCUUCUGCCAACUCCCUCCUCCCCUCCAACUGCAAUAAAAGCUGUCUUUGCAUCGCAA